AUGGGCCAAUGCUCCAGUUGCCGACUGGAAGAUAAUUUGCAACGCGACCCAAACUACGAUUCGAAUGCGAGCACCUAUUCCAUUUUCUCAACCCCCAUGUCAAGCGACUCGGACCGACAAGUGUCGAUAUUGGAUCUCAAUGUCGGCUCCAGAAUUCUUCCUUCCUCCCCACCUCCGCUACCUGACAUGAACCCUGCCAACUUAUCGGCAAACACACAGAAUCAGGGAAUGUCUGUACGCUCGCCAGAGGCGUCGUUGUCUGUGGAUGAUUGGAUUACAGUUUCUACAUCUAGUAAUAUAGAUUCAGAAGCUACGACAUAUAUCCAACAGAAUUCUGAUGCCGACAUCAUCAACCUAAGACAGACGAUUCCGAAUAGGGAUAGGGCCAAUAACUCUUCUAGCCCCACCAGCUCUUCCGACUUUACGACCAUCUCUACGGAUUCUGGUUCUAGUUCUGGGAUAGUCGAGGUCCGAAAAAAGGGGCGACGGAAUAGGGGUUGGAAUCGCCACACGCUGAAUCAUCGUCGCGAGGACAACGACGACCGAGCGGUCGAGCCUCGUACCCCGAGGAAGAAAAAGAACCGUGGCUCUAGACACUACAAUUCUAACCGGGUGUCAAAGAAUCAGCACCGAGCCUCCUCGAGUCCGCAAGCUGGUCCCUCCAGACAGCCACCCACACCGGUUUCCGCACCUCGAAUCAAAGUGAAGAUGUACUCAUUCGAGUCCACAGACGAGGAGGAACGGUAUAAACUGAAAUUCGGUCGUUUCAUUCAGGAUCUGGUACAAGAAUUCGAGCCAAAUGUGUAUCAGAACUGCGGGGUAGACCCGGCUUCUUUGGCAGAUAUCGAUAAGAAUAUUCGAUUCCAUAAGAAGAAGCUGAAUGAGUAUGCCGCCGCCGUGAGGGAGGCCAAUUACCUUUCCAAGCUGAUAAACCGUAGGUCGACAACUCAGUACUCCGAGUCUUCGGACGAGUCUGGAAACUGA